GAAGAAGAAAACUCCAGCUUGAUAUUUGUUGUGAAAACAUUAUUAUUUCUUUUCCUCUUCUCUCUAUCUAGAGUACCACUCUCUCUUAAUUAGGUCAAUAUCAAUUCUCAUCUCUCUUCCUCUCAUCGAUCAAUCUCACACAUAGAAUGGAUCCAGUUCAAUCUCAUGGAUCACAAAGCUCUCUCCCUCCUCCUUUCCACGCUAGAGACUUCCAAUUACAUCUUCAACAACAACAACAUCAACAGCAACAACAACAACAACAGUUCUUUCUCCACCAUCAUCAACAACCACAAAGAAACCCUGACCAAGAUCACGAGCAGCAAGGAGGGUCACUAAUGAAUCGAUCUAUAAAGAUGGAUCGUGAAGAGACAAGCGACAACAUGGACAACAUGGGAAACAACAACAGUGGUAGCGAAGGUAAAGAGAUGAGUUUACACGGCGGAGAAGGAGGAAGCGGUGGUGGAGGAAGCGGAGAACAGAUGACAAGAAGACCAAGAGGAAGACCAGCUGGAUCCAAGAACAAACCUAAAGCUCCAAUAAUUAUUACAAGAGACAGCGCAAACGCGCUUCGAACUCAUGUCAUGGAGAUUGGAGAUGGAUGUGACAUAGUUGACUGUAUGGCUACGUUCGCUAGACGCCGUCAAAGAGGCGUUUGCGUUAUGAGCGGUACAGGAAACGUUAAUAACGUCACUAUACGUCAGCCCGGGUCACCAGCUGGCUCGGUGGUUAGCCUCCACGGCCGAUUUGAAAUCCUUUCUCUUUCCGGAUCUUUCUUGCCGCCGCCUGCCCCUCCUGCAGCCACGGGACUAAGUGUUUACCUAGCCGGAGGACAAGGGCAGGUCGUUGGAGGUAGUGUAGUAGGACCUUUGUUGUGUUCAGGUCCUGUGGUGGUUAUGGCCGCGUCUUUUAGCAAUGCGGCUUACGAGAGGCUGCCUUUGGAAGAAGAUGAGAUGCAAACACCUGUUCAGGGAGGAGGUGGAGGAGGAGGAGGAGGAGGAGGAGGAGGUAGUGGUGGAAUGGGAUCUCCACCGAUGAUGGGGCAGCAACAAGCUAUGGCAGCAAUGGCGGCGGCUCAAGGGCUACCACCGAAUCUUCUUGGUUCGGUUCAGUUGCCGCCGCAACAACAGAAUGAUCAGCAGUAUUGGUCUACGGGUCGGCCACCGUAUUGAUUAGAUUGUUAUUGUUUUAUAUAUAUAUAUAUUACACAUGGAAUUGAAUAUAUAUGUAGCUAUGUAAUUAUAUAUAUGUAGCUAUUUACUAAUAGAUCUUACAUAUAUAUAAAAGCAAGCUAACAUGGAAUAUGAUUAAAGAGGAGGUUGUACGAAGUAUGAUGAGAAGAUGAAGAAGCCUUUCGGAUGGGUGUGUGGAUCAACAAUUCAGUAGAUGUUUCAGGUUCUUUCUUUGUUUUUAUUUUCUUUGGUUCAUUUUAAUUAGUGGUAGAUCUUUUUCUUAUUAUUAAUGUUUGAUUAUGUGAGGUUUAAGUUGUUUCUCUUUUUUUUUUUUAUUGAGAUUUCUUUGAUGAAUUUGAUUCUUAAUUAUGUUCGGUUUGUUUUUUUCCUUGUUUACAAAGAAUUACUUAUCCAAAUUUAAAGUA